ACGAAUGGGUGUACCCCCUCUCUGACCCCGUGUGCCCUGCUCUAGCUCUCUCUCUCGGACCAAAAUAUGCCCGAGCCAAUAAUACCCGAAAAAGACAAACCACGGCGAAGUAGUGCGGGCCGAGAUUUGGGAAUGUCCAACCAAAAGGAAAACCACCGUAUUUCGUGGUUUUGGUAGUGUGUGGCACGUGUUCCUUCGUGAAGCUUUCAACAAAAGCAGCAUUUGGGCCACAUUUCAUUCAUCUGGUGGACAUUCUUCGUCGGGGGUGCCCAAAGUCUUCACCUUCACGCAAGGGUGUUUUGAGCAAGCAAGCAUUCCACCGUGCUGCGGAGGUGUCGUGGGCUGUGUGUGUUGGAUCGUCGCUCCCGGUGGAAUACGAUUUGCUGCCCCGUGCGGUGGUGUAAUUAGUAUUGUCUUGUCAUUCCGGGCAUUUCCGGCCGGCACUAACACCCCAGUAGUGCACCCAGUGUGUCGGUGUGGGUGGCUGCAGGCAUGGUGCAUUGAAUAAGGUGCACUGCACUUUUGCCACCUGCCACGAGCGAACGAGAUCCACCCAUCUUCUCCGUCCGUUCUCCCACUUCUCCCCGAUUUGGUGUGGAUCGGUGUGACGACGAAAGCGCUCGUGCGUGAAAGUGGGUCAACGCUCUCCGGAGGUUGCUGGGACAGCACACUUGUCUUGUCUUGUCUUGUCCGCCGUCUAGAGGGCGCGGACCCCGCCGGGCAGAGCAGUUGCUGACUGGGCACGAACCGGCGAAGAUGUCGGUCGAUCUGCAGAAGCACCGGGAUGCCAUCGUCGCGGCGUGGAAGUCGGUCUGCGACCGGAAGUGUGCCACCAACUGGGCCCUGUUCGGGUACGAGGGCCAGACGAACGUGCUGAAGGUGCAGGAGACGGGCGAGGACGGGAUUUCGGAGCUGGCGGCCGAGCUGAACUCGGGCAAAAUUCAGUACGCCUUCCUGCGGGUGGACAACAGCGAAACGGGCAUCGCAAAGUUUGUCUUCAUCAACUGGCAGGGUGAAGGUGCCCCGAUCGCCAGGAAGGGAACGUGUGCGAAACACGUGCGGGAUGUAACGGGCCUGCUGCACGGUGCCCACAUUACGGUGCACGCGACCAACGAGGAUGACGUGGAGGAGGCACGCAUACUGGAGAAGCUGCAGAAGGUGGUGGUGAACGAUUUCAAAGUAAAGGAUUACUCACAAGCGAUCGAUUCACCCAAACCGGUGGGCACGAACUACAGCCGAGUCAAUCCCACCAAGGAGAUCAAUCCGGCCGAACGGGAUGAGUUUUGGCGCAAGGAGGAAGAGGAGGAGAAGCAUCGCUUGCAGGCGGAGUAUGAGCGUAAGCUUAAUGAAACAGUAUUGCUAGAGGAGGAACGACGCAAACGAGAGGAGCGAGAGUUUGAAAAGCGCGAAGGGGCGGCUACAGCCGCUACGAGCGUCUCGUCGGCUUCGCCCGUCUCCCCCGACCGCAGCUACGCCCGCCAGGCGUCCGAUCAGAGCAAAACGGAGCGCGAGCGGGAAAUUAAACAGGUGGUCGAGGCGAGCGCGAAGGUGAGCAGCGCCAAGGCACGCUUCCUGAACAGCACCGCCCAGCUAAGCCCGACGCACAUUCAGGCCGAGGUGGCGCAGGAGCUAACCGAACCACCGUUCUCGCCGACGGCAUCUUUCGAGGAACGCAGUAUUAUCAACGAGCUCAAGGCGGAGCUGGAAAGCGAGCGCCAAAAUGGGACCGACACGCCCCCGGUGCUGGCGGCGGAAGAGGAACCACCGGCGGUGAUGGUGCCGGCCGGCGAACCCGUCCUGUCGCCGGAAGAGGUGCCGGAGGUGGCCGCCGGCCAGUACUUUGACCCGAACGCAACGAUCGACCUGUCGGACGAGGACAACAUGAUACGGGCGCGGGCACUGUACGACUACCAGGCGGCGGACGAUUCGGAGAUCAGCUUCGAUCCGGACGACAUCAUCACGCACAUCGAUCAGAUCGACGAGGGCUGGUGGCAGGGCCUGGCCCCGGACGGCACGUACGGCCUGUUCCCGGCGAACUACGUCGAGCUCAUUUAAAGCAUUUUAUUUCGCGUGUCUCUGACAUACGUGCUUGGCGCGCGCACUCCAUGUCGUUAUUAUAUAUUGGUUAUAGGCAAAAGCAAGCGCGCUCAUCACACGAAUAAGUAUAGCAAUCUGUUAACAUAGUGCAUAUACGAUCACGACUUAGAUCAAACUGUAGCGCACAAACACACACACAUCCCACACAUGUACACACGUCGCACAGCUAUAUUUGCGAAGAGAGAGAGGAGAUACGCCACUCGGGCAAGCGUUUAACGGGAAGCAUUAGGGCAAGUGUUUUUGAAUGUACUGUUUACGUCUUCUUCGACUCGUUUCUCGGUGUUUUUCCCAGGUUCCAGCGGCAACCAGUGAUGAUGCAGUCUAAAGUAGAGUAGUCAAUGUGCGCAAAGCCGUGAUUCCACGCCCGCGGAGAAAGCGAUGUGUGAUUAUAAUACAGUUCGAUCGAACGAUCGCGCACCCUCUCCAUUUUACGCCCGUUUAGUCCGGGUGUACGCCUCCCGGUUCUAGACUAAUAAUAGAUAAGCGUUUUAACUAUUUAAUUAUACACACUUUCCCGCCACACGUACAUCCACAUCUACACUGACAACCCUAUAACGAAUGAACCGGGAAUGAAGAUCCCCGGGGAUGGAAUAAAAAAGAACCCUCGUUAAAGUAAUACACAA